AUGGUCCAAACACGAGGGGCAGCGAAAGGCCAUGAACAGAACAAGCAGCAUGUACCAGAGAACGAAGACCAGGACCACAAAGUGAAGCCUCGUGCCGGCAAAGGCAAGACCAGCGACAAAACCCCGGGCGAGGAUGAUAAGACCUUCACUAUCCCAUUUGGCGACAAGCAAAUCACAUGCGAGCGCCGUGGCGAAGAAACCAGACCGUCCCUCAUCUUCACCCAUGGAGCCGGUGGCGACAUCAGCACACCAGCAACUAGCGAACUCGCCUCUGGCUUCGCAGAAGUGGCCACCAUAAUCUUGUUCAACGGCUCUAUGAAUGUCAAGAAUCGAGUAAAAGCAUUCGGUACCGUGGCGGACCACCAUGGCUUCGAAGAUGCUUUAGGUGGAAGAAGCAUGGGUGCUCGUGCAGCGUGCAUGGCUGCUGUUGAGGAAGGCCGUAAGACGAAGGCACUAGUGCUCGUGAGCUUCCCACUUGUCGCUGACAAGAACAAAGAGAGUCGUGAACAAGUACUGUUGGACCUGCCUGCGGGGACGGAUGUCCUGUUCAUUAGUGGUACGAAAGAUUCUAUGUGCGACCUCGAGCACCUUCAGAUUGUUACCGAGAAGAUGAAAGCUCGAGUCUGGGUUGUAAGGGUGAAGGAUGCAGAUCAUGGAAUGUCGUGGAGUUACAAGGAUAAGGAUUCUAUACGUAUGAUGCGACAGACCACUGGCACGAUUGCCGCCGAGUGGUUGCAGGAACGCGAUGCACGCACGCGCUACAAGUCAGUACACUGGGAAGCUGAGACUGAGACGUUGCAUUGCAGUGGCUGGUCAGUCAGUAGUGAUGAGAGCGAUAUUACGCAAGCCAACAAAGUGGAGAAACCAGGAGAGGAUGAAGCACCUCCUGCCGCGAAGAAAAGGAAACGUGGAAAGGCCUAA